UGCAAUAAUUGAUAAUAAUUUUCAUAUUUGUCAAAAUACUUAACCUAACUUAUUAAAUUAUUCACUAAAAUGUCUGGAUUUAGCGGAAUUUUACAAUUAACCGAUUUAGAUGAUUUCAUUACACCUUCGCAGGAAUGCAUUAAACCUGUGCAAAUUGAUAAGACAAGAACUGCAACGGGAGCAAAAAUUUCAAUACAAGAAGAUGGUUCUUACACUCAAAUCGAUCAAUUUGGAGCUCAACAAAAAUUAGAGAAAGUUGAAAUAACCCUAGCUGAUUGUCUUGCUUGUUCGGGUUGUAUAACUUCAGCAGAGAGUGUCUUGGUAACUCAACAAAGUCAAGAGGAAUUAUUACGAGUUUUCGAUCAAAAUAAAACAUUUAAAGCAAAUAAUUCUCCUGAGACUCAACACAUAAUAAUUUCAGUUUCUUUACAACCACUUUUAUCACUUGCAAUACGAUAUGAUUUAGCUCCUAAUGAUUGUGCAGCAAAAUUAGCUGGAUUUUUUAAAGGAUUAGGAGCUGAUGCAGUUGUUGAUAUAAAUAUAGCGGAAGAUUUUGCGUUAUUAGAGAAUCAAAAAGAAUUUAUUCGAAGAUUUAGAGAAGCUGAAAGUGUUGAUGGUAAUAAAAAUAUUCUUCCAAUGUUGGCGUCAAGUUGCCCUGGAUGGGUUUGUUAUGCAGAAAAAACUCACGGAAGUUACAUCUUACCAUAUGUAGCCAGUACAAAAUCACCCCAACAAAUAAUGGGAUCAUUAAUUAAAAGAUGGUAUGGAAAAGAUAAAUUGGUUUAUCAUGUUACGGUUAUGCCAUGUUUUGAUAAGAAAUUAGAAGCAUCUAGAGAAGAUUUUUCGGAUGAUAACGGUGUUAAAGAUGUCGAUUGUGUUAUUACAGCGAUUGAAUUGGAACAAAUGAUUGAAAAAAGUGGAAUUAAUUUUCGUGAAUUAACACCAUCAUCAUUUUCACAACCUUGGUUAAAAGAAGAUGGAGAUUAUUUUCCGUGCUUAAAAGCACAUCAAGGUUCAGGAUCGGGAGGUUAUUCGGAUUAUUUAUUUAUGACUGCAGCUAAAGAAUUAUUUGGAGUUGAUGUUACGGAAAUAAAAUAUAAAAAUUUACGAAAUCCCGAUUUUAAAGAGGCUAUUCUCGAAAAAGAUGGAAAAAUCCUUUUACGAUUUGCAAUAGCUAACGGUUUCCGUAAUAUUCAAAAUUUAGUUCAAAAAUUAAAAAGGGGAAAAUCAUCUUACCAUUAUGUUGAGGUUAUGGCGUGUCCUUCAGGUUGUUUAAAUGGUGGGGCUCAAAUUCGGCCAUCAAACGGGAAGUCAUCGAAAGAACUUAUUGUGGAAUUAGAACAGUUAUAUUUAAGUUUACCAUGUCAAAAUCCGGAAGAAAAUGAAGAGGUUAAGCGAUUAUACCAGGUUUGGUUGGAUGGUAAUGAAAGUGAUAAAAGUAAAGCUUUGUUACACACAGAGUAUCAUGCUGUUGAGAAAAUGAGUACAGCGCUUAAUAUAAAGUGGUGAUUUUAAUAUGAAAAAUGAAAUUUUUAAAGGUUAAGUAAAUAAAGUUGUGACAAUUUAA